GGUGAACGCGUUUACAUUCCUGAUGUGGUAAACAGAAUCAAAUCUUCCUUGAGCGACACGACAGACACCAGAGGCAGCGUGAAAGUUGCUCUGAGUUACAUGAACGAAUUUACAUCCUCGCCUUGCCAGGUCCUCAGCCUACCUCGGGAAGCCGCUUCAGAGUCACCAUUCCCGUGAAAGCCGAACAACGCGGAACGAACAGAAAACCGUUUCUUCGUUUUGAUGGCGUCUGCGCCCUGCGGCGGUUCUGCCGACGGGAGAAACUGGGAACUGACUUUUGUUCUGCCACGAGAGAAGCAUUUUCUGGCAGUGCCUUCAGUUUGACAAGCCAUCGGACGCAACAGAUUAGCCACGAGAACGGUGUCCUUUUCUGUAUCUUUGUGCGCAGGAGUGCAGGGGCCCUUGCUGUUUGUCUCUGGGUGUGUGUCUGACCACCCUCUUCGUCGCGUGUGCGCUAGGCGCCGUUUCUCCUUAUUUUUUAUGUUGCCUUCAUGCGACAUCGAAAGAAAAGCUGUCUGCCGGCUUUUUCUGCAAGCCACGGCGUGGUGGCCUUUACUCCGCGGCCCAGGAAAGAAAAGUUCCUUCUGAACUCGUCGCAGCAUCGGUUCCAUGUGUGGCGGGGAGACGAAGAGGAGCGGCGAUCCCUCGUACCCCACUCUCUGCCUCUCGCUGUUUCCACGAAGUUGCACGUCGAAAUAAUCUGCUUUUCAAGGGCAACUUUCCCGUUUCCUCUUCUUUGUUCAAUGCAUCACACGCUCAAUCUUCUCGUCCCUCGCCUUUCGUCGGAGUCCUUUCCUUCCCGGCCAAAAACCGAGAGGGCGAGUCGACAACACGCAGUGAAAAGGUAGGCAGUCAACAUUUCCCUUUUCUACUUUUUUACGAGCAGAGCCGCUGUUGUGGCAUUUUUUCCCGUUUCUCUUUUUUACUUGUGCGCGACGCGGGCUUUUCGCUCCGUGUGGUCCCCUCCAACUGACGAAUUUCGCCCUCAACUCGCGGUUUUAGGAUUUUUCAUCUCAAGGGAAGGUGACGUUUUACGCCUGAAUCUUCUCCCGCCUGUUUUCCUCUUCAUACAUCUGGUCCCCGGUGGUGCUUUCCCGCCCUCUGUCUGUUUUCCCCGCCCUAAGAUCGGGCAGUGAGGGAAACCUUUCAGACCGCUUUUUCUGUCCACCUUUCGUCCUACUCCGACACUUCCCCCCCGCCACCCUCUCGCUUCUCCUUUCACGCGCCUUUUCUCCUCGCUUGUUUCUCAGCUCCUUUCCGAUUCUCUCGUGUACGAAUUCCGCAUCUAUUCCCAAUCUCUGACUUUUCUAUACCGUCACCCCCCCCCUCCCUCCGAGCACCUCGCCUCUUCUUUGCCUCUCUGUGUUGUGCGCCUGCCUCGUGUCCGUCUCUCGCUCUCUUUUUUCAUUUUUUCCUCCUCUCCUUCGCUCGCUUCCGCUCUCGCUCUCUCGGGCGCAGUGCAAGCGUCUCCGUCUGCGAUGGCGACAACCUCGCUGGAGGAGGAAGAGUACAUGGAGGGAGAGAGAGACGAAGGGUGGGGAGAGGCUGGUGAGCAGAGAGGGGGCCGACUCGUUGUCGCGCAGAGUCGGAGCGUGAGCCGAGAGCGGGAGUUGCAUGCGGCGUCUUUUCCAGUUGAGUACGAUGGAGAAGACGACUCGCCUUAUCUCCAGGCCUCUGAGAGAGUGGCGAGCAAGCGAGAUGAAGGAGACCCCGAGGAAAGCGACGUGGACCACGAGCGAGAGGAGCGGGACGCUUGCUACGGCUGGGAGUCUGAAAAGGAAGGCAGGCCAGAGGCUCCAGACGAGGGAUCUGCCGCCUCCAGAGACGAAGAUGCCGAAGCUCGCGAUGAUGGCGAAGGAGGGCGUCAGGAAGGCCGAGAGGAGGACGUAGGCGAGAACGAGGGCGAGGAGACUGCAGAAGACCUCGAGGAGACACGCCGCGACGACGAAGACUCGCUCACGAUUUCUGGAGAGAAGGGAAACGACUCCGACCCAAUUGAUGAACGCAAAGUUUUCGUCGGAAACACUCCUCUCGCGGUGCGCGAACCGAGCGUCGAGCGAAUCUUUGGAGAGUUCGGGAAGCUCAGCGAGAUCAAGAUCUUCAAGCAUUUUCUCCACCUGACCUAUGACGACGCUACAGCCGCCACUCGCGCAGUCGAGGAACUGAACGACAAAGAGGUGUGGGGUGCACAGAUUGUCGUGGAACCUCUGCGGCCGGGGGCUGCCUCUCAGCGUCCGCCAGGGGCAGGAGCUGCUCGCGUCGUUGUGUCUCGGGGCGAGAGAGACACUGGCGCCCCAGGAGUUGAGCGCGGAAGAGGCCGUGGCCGUUCGGGCGCGGUCGCGGGGCGCGGGAAGUCCGCCGGGAGCGUCGCGGGGGCGCGUCGGGGCGGGCGCGGCCGGGGGGGCCAGGCGGCAGGGCCCGGAGGAAAGAGGCUGCCUUUUCGAGUUGUCUGCCACAACCUUGAUCCGCGAGUCCACUGGCAAGAUCUGAAGGACUUUGGGAGAGAAGCUGGAGAGGUGAAUUUUACAAAUGUCCUUCACAACCAAGAAGGCGUCCGCAUAGGCAUCAUUGAAUACUGUAGUCAAGAAGAUAUGGAGACCGCGUUGCAUGAGCUGGACGGCAAGCGUUUGUUUGACGCUCGGGUGGAGGUUCGCCGUGAAGAGGCAAAUGCGUCGUAUCCGUCGUUUGCGGAGAUCUCCUCUUCGCUUCCGCCGGAUUCUCUGAUACGGCCUCCGUCAGGUAGGGCGCCUCCGGGUCCGAAAGGGGCCUCGUGUCGGGCGCGCGGCCCGCCGCUUCGUGCCUCUUUCCUCGACGAGGAAGAUCCACGAGCUCCGCCGACCUUCGGCGGGCCCCGCGGGGCAUUCCCACGCGGGCGGCGCAGCUCCGAAGGCCGAGGCGAGUCGGCGCCUCUCCCGCGAUCUGCGCGACCGGCGCUGCCCCCUGCCCUCAACGACAGCCUCGCCUUUGGGCGCGUGUCUCCGCAACGGGAGGCGCCCGCAGGGAUGCCCCGCAGGGAAAAGGCCCGCCGGGAGAAGGUCCUCGCUCCAGCUGCGUACCCCGCGGUCCUUCCGCUCCGAGCCCCGCGGAGACAGCCGGGCCCGGACGAGGCCUUCGAGCUGCAGCCGUUCCUGAACGGGAGCGAAGCAUGUGACCCCCGGUACCCUGGCGACAAGCACGCGUGCAUGGAGGGCGAAGAGGUACGGCCGCGGGACUCGCGCGGGAGCCGCCGGGACGAGCCGUCUCUCCACACGGGGGGCUUUCCGUUCUGGAGACAAGGAGGGGAGGACAGCGGCGCAAGAGAGAGAGACUCUCUGCCAUCCUCACGAGAAAGGCGAGAGAAGGACGAAGCCGAGAGCGGCAGGCCCCACCGACGGUGUUUCUACGUCGACUGUGCAGGGACGGGACGCGUGGAUUCAGCUGGACUCGGGAAGGAGAAAGCGAACUUGAAUGGGCGACUGCAUGCGCGCGGGCCCGCGGAGGACAUGAGCCGAAGCCACCGCGAAGAGGAGGGAGACGCGCGCGGUCCAAAGCGGCGAAGAAACGACUUCGAGUUCAUGGGGCCUCCCGUGCUCCCGCCCCCGACUGGGGGCCCGACGGUGAUCCUGCCCCCGCCCUCGGGGCCCUCGCAAACCUGGGAGUUCGGGCCGGGCCCCGAGCGCCUCCGAGGAGGAGACGACGGUUUCGGGACGGAGCGAAGAAGAAGAGAAGGAGAUCUCGACCUCGCGCGCUCGCGGCGCGAGAGAGACCCUGCGCCCUACGGCGCCUCGGGCGACAAGCUCGCGUGGCGCGGGCGGGCCGGUAAGGGACCCGCAGGGCCCAAGACCCUGGACGGCUUCCCGCUGGAGACAGUCGACCAGGGGCGCCCCAACGGAGUCUUUGGCGUGGGUGGCGAGAGCAAACACGCAGAGUUUCGAUACGCGGAUAGGGGCCGAGAACGGGAAGGUGAGCCGCACCCGUCGUCGCCCUUCCGGGGGCCGCGCGGCGACCCCCGGGGCCUGGCAGUAGUGGGUUCUGUUCGCGGGGGCCCAGGAGGGGACUUCCGAGACGACGAGAUGUCUGCGCAGCGCCGCAGAAGACCGGGGGGCCGCGGCGGCGCGGCAGACUGGCGAAGAGAUCCCGAGGGCCCGGACGUCUUCCAACCGUUCCGGCCCCACAGCAAUAGAUUGGACCACGGGGCAGAGGUCCCAUGUGUGGGGAGAGAGCGAGACCGGGGCAGGGGCGAGGAGGACGACCAGCGAAGAGGGGACUUCGGUCGCGACUUGGACAGACGCGCGGAAGUCCCCUUCGACGACUGGGGCCAGAGCCGGAGAGAGGGUGGCUUGAAGUACGAGGCGUCUCCACAUGCACCUCUCGGACCCAGAGGGAAGCGGGGUGAGAAGGGUGGCGGCCUCGAUUUCUCCUUUCCAGUGGAUAAACCGAGGCAUAUUUACGCAGCCGACGACGGCGGAGCCCCCCUUGCGCCGGGCCUGGAGGCGGGACCCGUGCGCGAGCGAGAGGCGUAUCUGGGAGGCGGAGAGGAUGAGCGGCGGGCGAGGCGAAACGAACACGCAGGGCCGUCCUUUCUCCGCAGAGAUCGCGAGGAGGACUUGAGGCGACGCGAGGGCAGACGCGGAGAGGAGCUGCUUCACGAGGAAGUCCCGCCGGCGGCCGGCGCGCGGCUUCUCGGCGAUGACAGGAGACGAAGUGUCUCCUUGGGGAGGCGUUACGACGUGGGCGUGGAUGGGGACCGAAGGGACAGAGGCAGACCCGAACGCGGGUACUUCCUUGGCGCGCCUCACCAUGGUCGAGAGGAGCCAGGCGACGACGGGGUAUAUCGAGGCGACCGAGAGAGGAGCGCGAAGAAGCCGCGAAGAGAAGAAGACGGGUCCUUCAGCCGGGAGUUCCGAGGGGCACCUGGGCCGCGAGGCCCCGACAGGCUUCCUGUCCAGCGAGCAGACUGUAAUAUGUAUGAGGCGAGAGAUUUAGGCAGAGAGGAGCUGUUUGCGCACCCGCUUCCGGGCUCACAGUACCCUCCUCAAUUCGGAAAUCCAGGUUUGGGCGGCAGUCUCGGACGAUCGAUGAGGCGAGACGAGGACAGGAGAAAAGAAGAAGAGGGCCUCGGUGGACCGUGCGCGCGGGGCCUGAUGCCGAACAGGGGCGGACGCGGAGACAAUGCCGUUGCGAAAGGCUACUCGCACCUCCACCCGCAAGGCCCUCCGUGUUUUCCUACGGGGACGGGCCGUAGUGGCCGGGGCCUGGACAGGGACGAUGAGGGCGAGAGCGCGGACGGCCGAGGGCGGUUCUUCGAGAGAGAUCCUGAGAUGUUUAGGCCUGUGCGUGGACGUGAAUGCGACAGAGAGUAUAUCCAUCUGUCCCGACAGCGAGAAGACAUGCGAAUGAUGGAGAGACCGUAUGUGUCGCGAGAAGAAGGCCGCAGAGGCGGGCGAGGCGCAGACCGCGAGGGCGACGGAGCGCUCGGGUAUCGCGACGAGCUGCGGCAUCACUAGAGAACGAACAAGUUUGUCACUUUUCCGUUGUGUGGCUCCAGAGAAUGUGUGCGGCCGAAGGGGAUUUGUCGAAAAACGAGAGCCACUGUGGUCACGCGAUUUCUGUGUGUUGUGUCUCGUGAGAUCGACAAGUACCCUUGAUGCUUGCGUCGUGUAUCUGCGUAUGUGUUCGCGCCGUAGUUGUGGCCGCUUACCGAUGCACUGCGGGAAGUGGAAGAUGCAGAAGAGGCCUCGUUUAGGAAGAGUCUGGAAAGAAUGAAAGGGCGGGUGAACAACACGGCUUUUUUGUACACAGAAAGAUGACAACUGUGUCGGUGAAAUGAGGUAAACAACGAAGUCGACUCAAAGUCUGGGGUCACGCCACCUCACACACAUCUCAGCGUUUAGACAGGCACGAGAAAAUGCUUUUGUUGCUCCCAGAAGGAAUUCCCCCACACGCUGUUUGUUCGUAGUUCGGGGCCGCCUACAUCUCUAUGUAUAUGUAGGGAUCUACAUGGAACGCGCUUUUCGUUUGAAAGCAUUCAGCGAUUUCUGCGUGGUUUGUCCGCUGCAGUGUCUACCCGUCUACCGUAGAUACUCGUUUUUGCGUAUACCUUUAACCCCGAGCUGUUUUCGGUGAUUACUUCGAAAUCCUGGUUCUGCGCACAAGAGAAACAGGCUGACGGAGGGCGGGAAGCAUGAUAGAACCUCGAAAGCGCUGCGAUUGGUUUCUUUUUUCUGUCUUCCUCGGUAACUAUCCCGUGUUGAUAUCUUCAACCGAAACAAAGCGCACAGCAAAGUUUUGGCGGGCUGCUGUAGAUGUGGAAGUAUGUCGUGAAGGGCUACCUGUUGAGCUUCCCAGGAAAAGAGAACCAAACAAAACAUACUCGCAGCACAUUGCUGGUGGAUUAAGUCAAACUCGCCGUUAACCGUUCGCAUAAGUCCUUCUACAUCGGC